GUGUAUUUUGCCAAUAUUGAGGAGCAGCAGACCGACCACCAGGACUGCUCAUCUGCUGGACCGACUGACGACAGCACUUUGUUGAUGCGGUCUCAUUUCAGCGCAGAAACAGGCAAAGCUUCUAAUCCUGCCUGCCUCGAAGGAGGGCCUAGCGAUUCGAGUGAAGCAGUCAUCUCAAGUGCAUGUGAAGCUGGCUUGGUGACUUCGGGUCGUCGCGUCGUCGACACACGACGCCGCCGAGGGGCGCCAGCCGGGACCAGCUCAAUUGCAGCCGUUGGUACGCUGGGACCCGGAGGCCGGACGUCGAUGGGUAUGGGUGCAACCUCAUCGCCUAUUGUCCUUCGGCGCCGAAGGCUGAUUUCUGGUGGGCAGCGCGAAAGGCCACUUAGUGCAGUAGAACUUGAUGUAGAGAUAGACAACCUUCUGGACGAUCUUUCAAUGGACUGUCUGGAUGGCCCGAUGGCGUUGGCCUCAGCCGACUCCAUUUCGCCACCCCGAAUCUCAGGUCUGACGAGCUCAAGCGCGGCCACCGCAUGCGAAACUAUGCCGCCAGCGGGUAGCCCGAAAACGCCAAAUGGUUAUAAAACCGAGCUGCUCUAUCCAGACUUGCCGUGUUUAGAGUCCAACGCAAGGAUCUGCCGCCCGAGGAGAAUGGCAAUCCAGCGUCAUUUCAAACGAUGCUACCUGGUGCUUGACAAAGCCCUCAAGGUUAAUGUUUACAAGGUGGGUUAG